CGGCGCGGCGUCCUAGCGAUAGGACAGGAGAGGGCAGGGCCGAGGGCGGCAACUACCUCUGCUGACGGCGCCGGCUGCUGCCGCCGUCACCGGCGCUGCUGCAGGCGACGCCUUCGUCGUCCGACAAGAGAGGUCUCUACCGCGGUUGCCAUGUCGACGGCGCGCCCGAGCGCCGAGUUGCUGAAUACGGCGACGAUGACGCCGACAUCGACGUCCACGCUGCCAGUGACGCUGUCGCCAACAGACGCAGUGCCCGAGUCGGUGAUGGUGGGCGUGAACGGCAGCUUCCAGCAGGACUCGGCGCUGGAGUGGGAGCUGGUGCAGCGGAGGCUCCAGUGCGAGCAGCGCCUCGCGGCCAGCCGCAACGUCACACCUGCCGGGCUCUUCUGUCCCGGCCUGUUUGACGGCUGGUCCUGCUGGUUCGACACACCCGCGGGUGUCACCGCCCACGCGCCGUGUCCCGAUUUCAUCACCGGAUUCGAACCUAACCGAACGGCGCAACGGCACUGCGAGAGCAACGGCACGUGGUUCCGACACCCUGAGACGGGCGCCGGCUGGUCCAACUACACCACCUGCGUCAACCUGGACGACCUCAACUGGCGGACGCAGGUGAACCUGGUGUACGUGGCCGGCUACUCCGUGUCGCUGGUGGCGCUCAUCAUCGCGCUCGCCGUCCUCUCCUACUUCAAGUCGCUGCGGUGCGCCCGCAACACGCUGCACACGCACCUGUUCGCGAGCUUCGCGGCCAACAACGCGCUGUGGCUGUCGUGGUACGGCGCCGUGGUUCCGCGGCCCGCCGUCGUGUUCGCCAACGGCGCGGGCUGCCGGCUGCUGGCGGCGGCGCUCAGCUACGGGCUGCUGGCCAGCUACACGUGGAUGCUGUGCGAGGGCCUCUACCUGCACACGCUGCUCGUCGCCGCCUUCGUGUCGGAGGCGCGCCUGGUGCGCGUGCUCGCCGGCCUCGGCUGGGGGCUGCCCGCCGCCCCCGCGCUCGCCUACAGCGUGCUGCGCGCCACCGACGCCGACCCCGCCGAGAGCGGCCAGUGCUGGAUCAACGACAGCAAGUACCUGGCGGUGCUGGUGGCGCCCGUGUGCAUCACGAUGGCGCUCAACCUGCUCUUCCUGUGCAACAUCGUGCGCGUGCUGCUCACCAAGCUGCGCGCCGGGCCGCGCGUCGGCUCCAGCCGCCCCUCCAGCACGCUGCUGCAGGCGCUGCGUGCGGCGCUGCUGUUGGUACCCCUGCUGGGUCUGCACUACCUGCUGACGCCGUUCCGGCCCGAGAAGGACCACCCCUGGGAGAAGGCCUACGAGCUCAUCUCCGCCGUCACCGCCUCCUUCCAGGGCCUGUGCGUGGCAACGCUGUUCUGCUUCUGCAACGGCGAGGUGCUGGCGCAGGUGAAGCGCAGAUGGCAGCACCUCAUGUUCCGACCACGCGCCAACUCGUGCACGGCCACAACGGUUUCGGUACGUCAGGUUAGCUUGUGAGAUCGACCUACGGGCCGGUGGCGGGGGAGGAUAAGGUGUGAGACGCCGGCCACCGCCCCUGGCGUCGGCGUCGGCGUCGGCGUCGGAUGCGGCGGCGGCGCCGGAUGACCCCCGCCGUCGGACCGGCCGGGGCGCUCGGCCGGCGCCGUGCUGCGCGUCACCGCGGGCGACCCCGCAGCCGCCGUCGCCGCCAGCCACCUGUGACGUCACGCGCCACUGUGCUGCCCCUAGCAGCUGACUACCGGCAACGCACGAAUCGACAUAGUGUGACUGUUUCGAGAACUAAUCCCCGCACACUCGCAGACCUUCGUCUAAGACUACCAGCGAUUCUCAUCCACCUCGCAAAAGGCUCCAGCGCAGUGAAAAUUUCCUUUCACGUGUGGACUUGUGCGGGCUAGUGUAUUGUUGGAUCAAGGUCUAACGUCCCCAAGAAAUGUUAGAAAGCUUUUGUCGUAAGGUAGCAAGAUCCACAAUCUGACGGAGUGUGACUACACCAAGCAUUUGCUGAACGACUUCGGUAAACUUGACAGUGCAGUAUUACGUGUGUGUAAAACUGUGUGUUGCUAUCGAUUACACUUCCACUAUGCAUUUUUACUAUAAAAGAAAAAAAACAAGUUAGCUAUUGAUUCCUCUAGACAGCUUUAUCAGUAAGUUUGACAGACUUGAUAUUUAUAACGGACAGUUCGAGGGAAUAUUCAGAGACUGAUGGUGACUAGAAGAGACAGUCGCUCACCAGUUUAACUUCCACAAAUAAUUUGAUAUCAUGAAAGACUUUGUUACAUACUUCCCACAUUCUUAAGAGGGACUCGUCAACUAAACAUUCGAGAAAAAAGUUAAAGGAAAUCGAGAUGCCUUUUUGUGCAAUACGUAAGCUCCUUUAAGGAAAUAAGUAACUUGCAGACCAGCGAAAAAUACAUACCGUUUAUCGUUGCUGACACUGAAUCGUUACGUCCAGCAACACGAAUAUCAUCGUCCUUGCUAAGAUGCUAAGAGACGAAUCACGUUAAAGUGAAAGUUAUAUGGAGCGUAAGAGGCAGGUUUACUUAAGGUUGCUUUCGUUCUCCUCCAUUUUCAGUAUCAGUAAAACAAGUUCCAGUUUAAUACCUUGUUAAAAACAUAGUUGUGUCGAUAGAGAGGAGUCUAAAAUGUUAUCAGCAGAGUGAUCUCGCUGAACACUGAAAAACUCGCCCUCGCACCACGCCACACGUAAUAAUUCAGAAACCAAAUCAGACACUUCAGAGAUCUUUAAACAACACAUUUGUCUUUUCAUCUGCUGAAGGAGAGAUCAGAUCAGCUCAAAAUUUAAAAAUUAAACGCUUCUUGUUGAAGUGGAUUGUACACGAACUAUAGCUUGGUGGGUCAAUAGGUUGCAAAAAAUCUGCGCCUCAGACUCGCAUACGUGGGUGUUACAACCUUCCCAAUAUCUCCCCUUCCCCAAGUGAUCUACAGGCCUAAACUAUGGUAGUACAAGGUUCUUCUUUUUGCGCCCUUGCCUCCAGUCACUCGUCCUUGAAAUGACAUAUGGUGUGAUGCCUCAACAAUAUCGUCAGCUAUAUAGAGGUUAUGGGACUAUGUACCGCUGUAGUACUAUUAGAUGCAUUUGGUGACAACGGACUUCCGAGAACCGCCCAGGAUAUCACUCGAAGAGCAGUGGAUGUAGUCGACAUGUUAAACGGACACAGCAAAGUCGCAAAUCCAUGGUAUUCUAUAACUAAAUAAAACUUUUCGCUUAGUUAUUUUCUACCUCUCUAUUAAAUGAAUGUUACUUUCCGCAUUUGUAUGUUGUAGUACGAAUAUGUUUUUCAGAGUCCUAAAAAAGAAUGUGUUUAUUUCCAUAUGCGUCUUUCACAGCUCAUCAUGUCUUCCAUGGAACUCUACGUUUGAUAUAUCUUAUUUCUUCCAAUAGCCGUACUUAAGUAUUUAGUACCGUUGAUACUUGAAACUAUCAGUAAAAGAUGCAUAAAUAAUUAGCUAGAGUUCUGGAUUACCCGCUGUGCAGUUUUGAGAAUGAGACGUCUAAAAGACUUGUGAUUGCAAAUGUAGUUCGGUUGGUGGCUUGGUAUGCUACCUGUUGCGAGACAUACCUUUCCUCGGCAUCUAGGGUUUCUCAUUCUGGGAAGUUAUAUGACAAAAGUCCUUCCCAUUAAUUAUUUUUAUGUGACAUGAAAGACAAAUUGAUUGAUUUUAAUCAGAUAUACACGUGUAUCAGGUGCAAUAUUUGAUUAGGUAAAGUUAUACCAGAUCCCAGAUGGUGUUUUGGAAUUGAAAAUGAUUCAUAUUUAAAGGUGAACGAUAACACAGAUUUCAUUUUAGAACGAUGAAUAGCUCAUCAUGUACCUUCGAGCAGGAGAAUGAAGGAGUAUAUUGUUUCUGGUCUUGAUAAUCAAGUAUAAAUACAAAUGUUUCUGUACCUUCAAUUUUUCCGCUGGAAGGUCUUCAAAGUGGCCAUAAUUUUAAAAACGAAUAUUUUAAAGUAAUGGUUAGAGUAAGUUGCUAGAUAGCAUAGUAACUAAGUUUUGUAUGCUUUAAACGUAAUGUCCACUACUACGGUAUUACUAUAACACAAAUGGUUUUAGACUUAUGGCCACAUAAUUAAUUGUAAUGAAAAUUCUGGUACACUACAGGACUGGAUAUGGCGGAAUGUCUAAUAAAAUCAUCAUGUGACACAAAUGAAUAAAGUGAAGAUUGUGCACGCUUAUGAACUGAGAUAACAUGAGACUGCCUACGGUUGCGGGAGCAUAUGCGACAGUGAAACAUGUAAAUAAUUUUCUAUGAGUGUGCUUAAUCUUUUUACGGUAAUCACACAUCGUAACUCAGGUAAGGAAUGAAAUGUCGGAAAGCGUCUAGCCCAAAAGGACGUGGCGUAUUAAUAAAACUGUUAAUCUAAAAAUAGAUCUGUAUUCGUGUGAGCGUAGGUGAAUGUGCAAAGUGAACAGGACAGGCAGUCGGGAGGGGAAUCUCAAAUGCUUUUGGUGUUUCUGUGUCUAGUACCUGAUCGCUUACAUAACUUGUAGUGUGAUAACUGAAUGUUAUAGAACUGUAGAAACUUUCUAAAAUAUUAUUGGAGCCAGCAUUUUGUCUGUAAAGAAUUGAGUUAGAAAUAUAUCAGAUUGUACAACAGCGAAAACUAAUUAGCUGUUUGUGUUACAAAGGUGUGUAUAUUUUUGAUGCUCAAAUAAAUGUCUCCUUUCUUA